GUUUUCUUGGACAUCUGUCAUUUCACUUGUCUCUCAACAGCUCUCCCUUUCUAUCUAGAUCUUCCGGAUGAUCAGCAUGAUAGGACCCGCCCGCCGACGUCGAAGACCAGCGGUCUCGUGCUCUCUGUGCAGACGCCGCAAGAUCAAAUGUGAUCGUCAAGCUCCAUGUAGCCACUGUACUCGUUCCGGGAAUCAGGCUACCUGUGAGUAUGAUAAUUCCGACGUUUCUCGGCCUUCGCAGCCGGCGCUUGGUGUCACGCCCACCAGACCAGCCCCGUAUGCGAUACCCACCGAGGGCUCAUCGCAUAACGGUCACACAGCCCCAGAUACAAUCCCCAAUGGUGGGACAUCACAUACCAGCCGCACGGAAUCCUCUGUGCCCAGUCUCCACUCCGCUGCACAUACCACCGCCUCAACCGAAGCCUCGACUGUCGCCAGUCCCCAGUCGGACCCGAAUGUGGAGGCCCUCAGAGACAGGGUCCGACAGCUGGAACAGCGACUGGCUGAGACCGUAGCCAAGCCUGCGGUCCAGCCGCCUCCAGUGGCCCCAAUCCCGGAGGUCGUAACCGCAGGCUCCACGAUGACCGGGCUGUUCCAUUUGCAGCAUGACAAAGAUGCUGCUAGCUCGGCCGUAGCUAUCACUCGUAGUAUCAUGCACAAGUCGCGGCUAUUCGGCCAGAGCUUCUGGAUCAACGGCAUGGCGACGGAGUUCUGGAGCCUCUUCCAAAUCCUGGAAACCCAUGCGCGAGACCAAGGUAGUCAGGCGUUCACCAAGAUCCAGAAAUGUAAAGCCAUCGGCAAGAUCAUCAAGGAUAGACGCACACCCUCCUGGCCUGUAGUGACCGCCACUCCACUGCCCCGGAGAGAAGUUGCCGACCAGCUGGUGGACUGCUACCUGCGCACCAGCGAAGCCAUCCACCGCAUCCUGCACAUUCCUACCUUCCGUCGCGACUACGAUGCUCUCUGGGCAGCCCCGAGCACGCCGGACCCUGCGUUCGUGAUCCAGCUCAAACUGGUUCUGGCCAUCGGAGCGGCCACCUACGACGAACACUUCACGCUCCGUCCGUCGGCGAUGGCCUGGGUCUACGAGGCGCUGACCUGGCUCGCGAAGCCAGAGUACAAAGCCCACCUCAGCAUGCAGUUCCUCCAGCUCAACCUUCUCGUUCUUCUAGCGCGCGAAGCCACAGGCAUCGGCGGCACCCUGACCUGGAUCCCGGCGGGCUCACUCCUGCGCAUGGCGAUGCACAUCGGCCUGCACCGCGACCCGAACCACCUCCCCAAGCGCACCCUCUUCGCCUCCGAGAUGCGCCGCCGGCUCUGGAACACCGUCCUCGAACUCUCCGUCGCGUCGAGCAUGCUCUGCGGCGGGCCGCCGCUCCUCUCCCUGGAGGACUUCGACACCCUGCCUCCCAGCAACUACGACGACGACCAGCUCACCAACACCGCCACUACCGCCAGCAACGACACCGACACCGCCAACCCCCCAGCCCCACAACCCGACAACACAUUCACGCAGACCUCCAUCGCCAUCGCGUACCGCAAGACCUUCCCCGCGCGCCUAGCCAUCACGCAAGCCCUCAACAACCUCAACACGAAGCUCACCUACGAGGACACCCUCCGACUCGACGCGGACCUGCGCACGGCGUACCAAGAAACGUGCCACACCCUCCACACGCUCACCACCAACCAACCCCUGACCCGCACCCCCUCCCCGUUCACCCUGCACCUCCUCGACUUCCAAAUCAACCACCACUUCAUCGCCCUCCACAUCCCCUACUUCAUCCCGGCCCUCCACGACCCGAGAACCUACGCCUACACCCGCAAAGUCCUCACCGAAACCGCCCUCCGCAUCUGGUGCACCGCCUGGCCCUCAUCAGCCAUCAUCCACCCCGUCACAGCCACCACCAACCCCCCUUCCCCUUCCCCCUCUUUAACCCAUACCCAUACCCAUACCCAUGCCCAUACCCCCAAACCCCCAACACCAACCCCCAACCCCGACUCCGAACUCCUAUCAAGAUACAUAACCAACACCUCCAGCCCCUACACACAAACCACAAUGCAAGCCUACAACCUCGCCGCCUUCGAGCUCCGCGCCCAGCUGCGCGAGGCCUGCUCCGCCGCCCCUGCGUCCUUCGCCGCCGCCGCCGGGCCAUUGUCGCAUGGCUACCCCCACCAGCCCAUCCGCCACGACCUCCUGACCAUCACCCGCGAGGCCAAGCCCUGGCUCCGCCGGGGUCUGCGCAGCGGCGAGACCAACAUGAAGGGAUACCUGCUGCAGGCGCUGGUCGAGGCGCAGGUCGAGGCGGUGCUGCGGCGCGUGCCGGACGCGGAGCUGGGGGGGUGGUUGGUGCGCGCGGCGGAGCGGGCGGUGGAGGAGGCGUUGGGCGUUUUG